CCAAAUCUCCCCCUUCUUGGUAAAUAGUCUAUUUCAAAUUCAAUUGCUGUCGUUCUCUUGAAAUACACUGUUUACAAUGGCGUCGCCUACACCUAACGACGGCGCCUCCAACCCUCCCCAGCUCGGCAGCUUUCCUCAGGAUCCUGCGGAGUUCGACAGCGAUCCGCGAAUCUCCUUCUCCAAGUUGGACAACAAGUUCAUCCUAGAAACAGAGGAUGGACAGGAGUACGUUUACGAUACGGUGCUAAAGCGAUGGAUUCCGACGGUCGAUGAAGACUUGCUACAACAACAGCAAGAAGCAUACAGAGUCCAGGGCGUGGAUGAGGACGAAAUGAUCACUGCAGCUCAACUGAAGAAGAAGCGCAAGCAAGGGACUGCGGACGAGGGCAACGGACAAAAGCCCAAGAAACAGCGCGUCAACACGGCGAUCUUCGUCACAUCGAUUCCUCUGGAUGCCGAGUUCGAUGAAAUCCGAGACGUCUUUUCUAAAUGCGGUGUUAUCGCCGAGGAAAUUGACAGCGGCCGACCACGCAUCAAGAUGUACACCGAUGACAAUGGCAAAUUCAAGGGUGAAGCUCUCGUCGUGUAUUUCCGACCGGAAUCCGUCAAUCUCGCGAUACAGAUGCUGGAUGAUUCGGACUUUAGGCUAGGAGUAACAGGACCGCAGGGACCCAUGCGAGUCCAGCAUGCAGACUUCUCGUUCAAGAGCCAACAGGAGGCACCGACGAAAACUAGCAUGAGGGACAAGAAGAAGAUCAUGCGACGGACUCAGAAGCUGAACAGCAAACUCGCUGACUGGGACGAUGAUGAUCCGUCGGCCAUGGCGGAGACGACUUCCCGUUUCGAUAAGGUUGUCAUCUUGAAGCAUAUGUUCACGCUGAAGGAAUUGGAGGAGGAUCCGGCGGCUAUUCUCGAUAUCAAGGAAGAUAUUCGCGACGAGUGCUCGAAGCUUGGCGAGGUGACCAACGUGGUCCUAUAUGACAAGGAGCCCGAGGGGGUGGUGAGCGUUCGCUUUUCUGACCCCGAGCCAGCCAGGCAGUGUGUCAAGAUGAUGGAUGGGCGGUUCUUUGCGGGCACCCGUGUUGAUGCAUAUAUUGCGGAUGGCAGCGAGAGGUUUAAGAAGACCAAUGAGAAGCGCGCGGCACUGGAAGAUCUAGCUGAGCGGGGACUGGAUGCUUCGGACGAGGAAGAGGAGCAGCGGUUGGAUGAGUUUGGCACGUGGUUGGAAAGCUCUCACACGGUUGAGAAUACCGCCAAGUGAGCGAGGGUUAAUGGCAUGUACCCAUUGGCGGAUCUCUGGAUGGGCAUAACAACUGAGGUUGGUUGAUCACUUUGGGGAUCCCGUGGAUGUAGAUAUGUAUGUAUGUAUUAUACGGAGUAAGUAGUGGUCGGGUGUCACAUUGGUGAUUGGUUCGGAGCUCCUCAUCCUGAUCCAAACGCCAUUGUUUAUGUACGGGGAGGUGACGACUUACUAUGUGUAGAAGUAAUGUCAGGCCACCUCCACUGCAAGUCUGGUUCGCGUGUGGACAAGGAGGUAACCUAACCAACCUAUAGUUGGGGAC